AUGGAUUUAAGAAUAUUUGAUGGACUUAUAUACUUUUUAGAUCAAAAAGAAAAAGAAUUUGUCAUUCUUGAAAAUCGAAUCCAAAAUCUUCUUGAAAGCAGUAGAGAAGAACAUACAACAAUUCAAAUACUUUCUAAGAUUGAAGAGCUCAAAAAAUCAAACAAUAUGGGAAGUAUCUAUGAAUUCUUUAAUGAGCUUUCAGAAAGUGGUAAUCAAAAAAUGAUUUCAAAAGCAUGCGAAGAAGGACUCUCUGAGAAAAUUAUUAAAUUUGAUAAUAUACUACAUAUCGCAUCAUUAAAAGGAAAUACCAGACUUGUUAAAAAUCUUAUUGAAUGUGGCUGCAAAUUGGAAACAAGAAAUGAAAAAGGAUAUACACCACUCAUUUGUGCUUCAAGAAAUGGCCAUCUUGAACUAGUGAAAUAUCUUAUUUCUGUUGGUGCUGAUAAAGAAGCGAAAAGUAAAAUAGGUGGCACAGCACUGAUUUAUGCAUCCUUUACAGGUCAUCUUGAAGUUGUCAAGUAUCUUAUCUCUGUUGGUGCUAAUAAGGAUGAAAAGGAUAAUUCUGGAAUUACUCCACUUUUGAACGCAUCACAUUACGGCCAUCUUGAAAUUGUUAAGUAUCUUGUUUCUGUUGGUGCUAAUAGGGAUGAAAAGGAUAAUUCUGGAAUUACUCCACUUUUGAACGCAUCACAUUACGGCCAUCUUGAAAUUGUUAAGUAUCUUGUUUCUGUUGGAGCUAAUAAAGAAGUAACCACUAAAAAAGGAUAUACUCCGCUUCAUUUGGCAUUGCUUCACGAUCAUCCUGAAGUAGCUAAAUAUCUGAUUUCUGUGGGAGCAAAUACAGAUACACAUAAUCAAAGGAUCAGGGAUUUGAUAUUGAAUCUGGAUAAAACAUAA